AUGAAUCAACAAACAACCGAAGUCAACAUCCCCCUGGGCUUUAAGACGAUCCUGGAGUGGUUUUCUAGGGCCGUUAUUCUAAUACAGCCUAAUGAUAUACAACAAUUCGCAGCGUUUUAUUUUAAGGAGCUGCUUCGCUUGAGAGAAGAGAAACCAAACCUUGAUAUAUAUGGUCUUCUGAAGGAAUUUCAGGAUGAUAGAGUUGCCCUGCUGACAUCUCUUUGCACUGAAAAUGAUGAUGCCCCACUUACUCAGACGGCUGCUGAUUACAAUGAGUACUUGAACGAAGAUGGAAUUCGGAGCAUUUUAGUGGGAGCAGACCAAACGGACACAGUGGUUGUCUUCCGCAAAACAGCCAAAAAUAAGAGUUCGCCACCAACUGAUGUUCCCGAUUCCACCAGCCACAGAGAUUCAGCACUCUUUGAGCGUGUUCCUCUAAGCCAGAUUGAUUUUACACCCAACACGGUGUUAAUUAAGACACAAUCCAUCCCUUGCAAGUACAUGAUUUUGGUGCAGUCGGAGAAAGUGCCGGAGUGCAUUGUGUUUCAGAGGGAUUAUCCAGAAAGUCCUCCACAAGCUGAAGAAACAGUGGGAAAAGAUGAGAGCCAUGACGAGAAGAUGGAAUCAGCAUUGGCUAUAUCUUUAAUAGCAGAAAUCUCAGAAUCAUCAGAAGAAUCAGUUGAAGUCAAAUCGGAAUUGGCUGAAUUAAUCGAGAAGUUUAAGGGAUUCAUGAACCGUUUAGUUUCACCUCAACAGAAAUCCAAAGACUCUUUGGAAACAUAUCUCUCAACUUCUAAACCCAUUGAAACUACUACCUCUAGUUUGGUGCCGCCACAAAUUUCUAGUCUAGAGGAAUCAUCUGAACAAGCAACAACUAAGUCUGGACCGACUUCUGAGCCAGUCGAAGUGGCCACCGAUCAUACAUGCCGCCCUGUUUCAAGAUCACAUGGGUCAGUUUCUCCUGUAGCUGCAACUAAAAUAAAUCCAAUUCAAGCCAAACUUCCUUCCAUGUCAACUCAUGCAAAUGAGAAACCAACCAUGACAUACUCCACUUAUAUGUCACCCGAAACAAUGCCAACAGCCAAUGUGUUGCCAAAUGAGACAAGAGUAUCUAUGGAUCCGACACUGCGAAGAACGUUAUGA